GUCCGUUGCGUUAUGCUAAUUAGUGUCAGUUGAUGACAAUUCUCCCGGAUCCGGGAGCGGUAGUUCCAAGAUUAACAAUCUUGUGGAGGGGUUGAAAAACAAGUUCUAAUGACUCCAACCUAAGUGUAUGUAAACUUACGACUUCAACUGUACAUAUACAUAAUUUUGCUCGCUCGCUUCACUUUUCUGGGGGGGAAAAUCCAUCAAACAGUGAAUCAAUUUUGUCUGGCCUAACACGGUUGUGCUAGGUAGUUGAGUCAGUCUGACUGCAAAGUAAUAAACGAAAGGGAAACAGCACUUGAAAACCCAUCCUGUUUGCCAUAUUGGGCUGCAGCUAUACACUUCUCCAAACAAUGGCUGUCUGGUAUUGUGAUGCAGUAAUUUCCAUGGUAAUAUAGAUUGUUCAUUCAAAUGAUAAACAAAUAAGGCUCAUGCAAUGAAAUGUAAUUUUGUAAUGUUAGUCGAGUUUAAAAUCAACUGAAAACAUUAGACAGACUUCCUGCUUUGCUCCUAUGGGUACAAGAUCCAACUCGACAUACUGGCAGAAAGUUAAGUUCCAUCCAACUCAUGGUCUCUAACAUAUUCAUUAGGGAUGUGCAGCUUUCCCAUUCAAGAAGAUUGAAUUACCCAUCUAGAUACAUGGGCUCCAAUACCUUUAAAUUUGAAACGAUUCAGUUUGAGGAAAGAAUCGAUGCACUAACAUUUGUUGCAUAAAACCAUUAAUUUUCCAUUCUAAAUUCAAAUCUGCUGCUGGGCUUCUACGAGCUGGAUCUGUUUGAGCUGACGUGUGUGUGUGGUGCUAUUUUAGCCUCUCAACACCACAACCGGACCCUCCAUAUUCCACCCCACUAGAAGCUUCUCACAUCCCUCUCAAAACACAAAAAGCUGAAGGGGAAAGAAUUGAGAGAAAGCCAGGGUGGCAUAGCAUUUUGUUGUGCUCCAGCGAGAACACGCUACAGUUACACUCCGGUAAAGGGAAAAAAAAGGCAUUUAGCUUAAGGUUUGGAGUCCCUGCAAAUGCUCUGGAGAAGAUCAGCUAUUGAGAGAUUGACUACAUUUUAUGUAACUAGGCAAGUCAGUUAAGAACAUAUUUACAACGAGAGACACCACAACACUACAUAGAAAACAUGCCGUGGGAGUGGAGCACUGUAACCCUCCCCUCAAAUUAUUUCAUCCUCCAUCGGGUGUGGGAAUUAAUAGUUCAGAAACCCUCCCCCUCUUAGAGCCAUGGGUAGUGUGUGAGAUGUGGAGCAUAUUAAUCACCAAGCCUGCAGCUGUCUGUCAGACCGUACAGAGAAAAUAGCCCUGCACCCUCAGUACCACCCACCAGAGAGAGAUGGAAAGAGGAAGCACGAGGGCAGGAAAGAUAAGAGCAGAUGCAGAGUGCCUGAGAGAACCAGAGACGUACAGAGGAAAGAACACGCAAGGAAGCGACUGGAAUGGACAACUUUGCCCCGCUCAACAGCAGUACCGGUGAUCUGCUGGAUCUCAUCUCUACGGCUCUGUUAGCCUCAAGUUAGCAGCAUCACUGAACACGAGACUGCAUUGCUGGUGCGCCAACAGUGUUCCCAUGUGAGUAAUAUUGAACUGAAACCAAGGGAGGGACGGUUCUGCGUGUGGUGAAAACAUAGCAGAGGAACGACGGCGUCCAAACCUGAAGACCGGAUCCAUAGAAGCAGUGGCCGCGUGAUUCAGCCAACCACCCAGUGGGAGAAGAGCAGCGAUAGAAGUGUAACUGUGCGACGGAGAUGAGAGCCAAGGUGUGUUGUGGGAAGGGAGAAGAGGAUAUACCUUUCAAUCUAGGGGCAGAGGCAUGGGGCACUGGGCAGAGGCAUGGGGAGGUUGUUUUACUCAGAGAUGUGCAGAGCAAUCCCUCCGUCCUCCUCCGAAAUGACUUGCACUGGGAAUAGAUAAAGCCUCUUGAAGACUGCACUUCGUCUCAGAGCAUGAAGCUGGUUGUAACAUACAGGCAGGACUGACAUCUGACCAGCAAUUUAAAGUGACUUGAAUGGAAGUACAGCAUGCACCAGCCCAGGUGUAGUUCCCUCAGGAACUCCCGACACGUCGCCACUGUCAUCGGCAAUAAAGGUUUGUUCGCACACGACAAGCACCUGACCAGGUGUCACCGCUGCCCAAGUGAGGUGGUGCACACAGCCACCAUGCAGUGGAGGAGGCGCUACUGCUGCACGCACGUCGCCAGGCUCCUGUCUCUUCUCUCCUUGCUGGUGGUCCUGGUCAUCUUGCGUCAUCAGGACUGGCUGCCGGGCAUCAAGGGCCCAACAUUGCGGAGGGGGAACCCAGUGGCUUACACCGAGGGAGGACUGCACUCCAUAGACAAGGGAAAUCACAGCUCCUCACAGAUUCAAUUGAGGGAUGCACCGGUUCCCCCUGCACCUCCGAAAAUGAAUGCCAACCUCAGUUCCCCUCAGGCGGACUCCUCUCCGCAGCGGGUUACGGGACUGGAGAGCUCGCUGGCGACUAAUGCUAGCUUGAGCGGAGAGGUCGGGCUAGGGGGCCUGCUGACAUUGGAACCCUACACUUACAUCAUCAACGAGCCCAACAAGUGCCGGGAGGGCGACCCAGAACCCUUACUGGUGCUGCUGAUAGCCACGGAGGCCCAGCAGGUGGAGGCCAGGGAGGCCAUCCGGCAAACAUGGGGAAACGAGAGCGUGGUCCCAGGCCUUGUCCGGCUUUUCUUGCUGGGUGUGAAGGAGGGCGAGGUGGGCCGCCUGCAGCAGAGCAGCCUGGAGGCAGAGAGCAGGAGGCACCGUGACAUCAUCCAGCAGGACUUCAUGGACACGUACAACAACCUGACCAUCAAAACCCUGAUGGGCAUGCACUGGGUGGCUGCGCACUGCCCGGGCACCAAUUACGUCAUGAAGACAGACAGUGACAUGUUUGUCAACACCGAGUAUCUCGUCCACAAGCUGCUCCAGCCAAAAAAUCUGCCAAAACGUGACUAUUUCACAGGCUACCUGAUGAAGGGCUAUGCGCCCAACAGGAAUAAGAACAGCAAGUGGUACAUGUCCCAUGAGCUGUAUCCCAGCGAGAGGUACCCCACCUUCUGCUCAGGAACUGGUUACGUAUUCUCGGGGGACCUGGCGGGGAAGAUCUACAGGGCCUCUCUAGGCAUUCGCAGGCUGCAUCUGGAGGACGUCUACACGGGCAUCUGCCUGGCAAAGCUGCGGAUCGAACCCACACCGCCACCCAAUGAGUUCCUGUUCAACCACUGGCGGGUGUCCUACUCCAGCUGCAAGUACAGCCACCUUAUCACCUCCCACCAGUUUCACCCCAACGAACUGCUCAAGUACUGGCACCACCUGCAGCGCAACAAGCACAACGCCUGCAUCAACACAUUCAACGACUAGAUGGGCAGGUUUCACCAGAGGAGACUGCAUGGGUACAGCCUAUUUGGUGACAGAGGAUCAUGGGUGAUGUUAGAUCAUGGCCUGUGCAGAGUCACUGGCUAGAUGUAACCGAGUAAAGCACGUUUUUGGACAAAC